AUGGACUGCAAGCUGGCCCUUGAGGGCACCGAUGGCAACCUGGAUAAGGCGGCGGAGGCGCUGCGGGCCAAGGGCCUGGCAGACACCGCCAAACGCGUUGGCCGCGCCACCAACGAGGGAGUGAUCGAGUCGUACAUCCACACCGGCGGACGCGUGGGGGCCAUCGUCGAACUGGGCUGCGAGAGCGACUUCGUAGCGCGAAUGGACGAGUUCAGAGCACUGGCCCACGAUAUCGCCAUGCAGGUGGCAGCGAUGGCGCCUGUCUACCUGGACAAAGAGGAUAUCGAGGAGGGCGACGAAAGGCCUGCCGCGCAGGUCACCCUGCUGGCGCAGCCGUUCAUCAAGAACAGUUCAUCCUCCGUGGGGGAGCUGGUGAGGGAACUGGCUGCCAAGACCGGCGAGAACGUCAAGGUAAUCCGGUUCCAGCGCCUCGCCGUAGGUGAGUAG